UUCCCCCUAGCAACAGAGUCGCUGAAGGCACUUGUCCAGUCUUCACAACAUUAGAAAGAUAACCAGAUUAAGAACGGUUAAGAAUGGCAGAAGUAGAAGAGACACUGAAAAGGAUUCAGACACACAAAGGUGUUAUUGGCGCAAUAGUUGCAAAUGCAGAAGGAAUCCCAAUCAGAACCACCCUAGACAACUCUACUACUGUCCAGUAUGCAGGCCUUUUGCAUCAGCUCACCACGAAAGCCAGAAGCACUGUUAGAGACAUCGAUCCCCAGAAUGACCUGACGUUUCUGCGAAUAAGAUCAAAGAAGCAUGAGAUAAUGGUGGCACCAGAGAAAGAAUACCUGCUGAUAGUCAUCCAGAACCCUAGCGAAUAGUUCCUUCCCCUUCCUUCAACCAUGGCGAUUAUCGAAUCGUGCUCCCUCUGCUGUCCUGUCACACUUUAUAUUACCACCAUCAUCUCAGUGCUUUACUCAUCCCUGUCCCUCCCUUUCACCAGUAUUAAAGUCUGCCUUAAGUGUGUAUGCUGGAUUGUCUUGCC